AAACCCAACUGACCCAUCCCAGGCGUCCAUCUCUCUCUCUCACACACAUAAAGAACUCCUCCUCUGCCAUGGCUAAACCAACUUCAAAGAUCUCCUCUAUUGCCCAGAUAAAUGGAGGACUGGCUUAUGAAUCAGCUUCAAGAUAAAUGCAAUGAUAGCCUACUUUUGUUGGUUUUCUUGGAAGGCGGGAAUGAAUGGAUUUAUAGUCAUUGCAAACCUAACAGUAAGUCUGUUAUUAUUAGAGCUGUGAUGGGAAUUGAAGAAAUGCAUAACAGUAGCGGAAAGCAGGUACAUGAAAGUAUUCUAAAAUGUGCAGAACCUAACUGGAUGCCUCCUCCUAAUAAGUGGGUGAAGAUUAAUUGUGAUGAAGCAUAUCAAGCGAAGGCUAAGGAAGGAGCUUAUGGAAUUGUGGUGCGAAAUCAUGAGGGCUCAAGGAUCACUGGUGAAGCACAAACAGUGGGGGCCUUGUCUGCUAUAGUCACAGAAGCAUAUGCAGUAAGAAGAGCCUUAAGAAAAGCCUCCAGAAUAGCACUAGAGCAUGGGUACCAAGCAGUAGUGAUUGAGUCUGAUGCUAAGUACCUUAUGGACUCAUUGAGUAAAGGCCCUGAAGCUCCUAUUAGGGAGAUAGCAUCUAUCCAGAAGGAUAUUUGGCAGUACCUGCAGCAAAUACCUUUGGUCCAACUACAGUUCGCGAGGAGAUCGCAAAAUAUGCACCCAUUAGCAACUCAAGCUAGAAGAGGAAUUUCCAUCCCUCAAGAGUUAGUUAACCCCCUUGAUUUUCUUAUGAAUGUACUUAGGAAGGAGAAAAGGAAUGGUAUAGGUUGACAUAUAUAUUCUGUAACUGCAAGUUGGAGUAUUAAUAUUUAAGUUAUUUUC